UCAGCCGUCACGGCUUAUAUUUUUAUUUGUGCAAAAAAAAUCCAACAAACAAAUACAAUUGUAUCAUUCUUGCCAACAAAGAAUCCACAAAGAACAAUUUAAAAAAAAAUUAUAGACAAAUCUGGCAAUAAUUGAAUACAAUAAAAUUGAAUAAAAAUUGUUAUUAUUAUUGAUAGUUGUAUAUGAACAAUGUUUGAUGGUAUUUGAAGUGGCUUUAUUUUGUAUUGCAAAACACAAUUGAAAUGUUGUCUGCAUCAGUCUUGAGUCACACAUUUCGAUAAAAUAAUGGGCACUGCAUAAAAAUAAUAAGGUCGCCUUAUAGUGAAACUUAAAUUGUUGUCAGCUCAUUUCGUUGUAUUGCAUCAUAUCUAAAGAAGAAAACAAAAAACACAUUGCUGCAGAUACGUCGAUGUUGAUGGUCUUAAAUGACGUUGAGCAUGGAGUUGCCGGAGAACGAAAACGUUCAAUUAAACGAACAAAAUUUUCGACAUGUUUGUCGCUUGUGUUUACAAUCCGAUGAAGUGUUCAUCAACGUAUUUGAAGGCAUCGAACAGAAUCCAUCGAAGCGACCAUUGGCCGAUCGUGUCUAUGAUUUGUAUCAAAUCAAGCUACUAAAGGACGAUGGUCUGCCAACAAAUAUUUGCCACCGUUGUUUGUAUUUGUCCGAACUCUUUUCCGAGUUUCGCGACGGUGUCCACCAAUGUGAGCGAAAACUACAAGAUUUCGUAGUGUCAAUGGCAAGUCGUUCAAAUGAUGAUGUAACCCCGACAUGGCAUUUGGACGAUAUUCUACAUGAUCAGCAUAGAUCGAGCGAAUUCCAACAAAAUGACGUUGUUAUCAUCGAUCCGUUGAAAUGUUACGUUAGUUCGGAUGAAGAUUCGGACGAUGAAACUACAACCGAAAACCCACAACCUGCCGAAAUAAACAAGGAAUUCCCAGUUCCAUUACCACAUUAUCCAAUGACGGUGCCUGACAGUAAUCGUAGUUUUUUGAGCGACACAUCGGUCAUUUUCGAUCCAAAACCACUGCGGAAUGUAUGCUUUUGCAAAUAUUGUGAGGCAGCAUUUGCUCAACGACACGAAUGUGAUGCACACGAAAAAAGUAGCCACGAUCCAUUGGUGCCGCAUAUCUGUCGAUUUUGUGCAUUCUCAUGUGAUGAACAGGUGAAUUUGAUCGCACACAUCCGACAGUUUCACGACGCCGAACGACCGUAUUUCUGUACGCAAUGCAACAAGAACUUUGGCCGUCGUGCCGACUUGCGUAAGCAUGCUGUCAGCCACACAAACAUCCGUCCAUUUUCAUGUCCAGUAUGCGCGAAGGCGUUUUCCCGCAAAACCAACGUUACAAACCAUAUGAAAACGCAUGAAGACAAGAAAAACAGCAGCAACGAUUCGGUGCGUACACAAAAAACACCGAUCAAAUCAAAGACCAUGGCUAACACUGAGUAUCAACCGAUGUUCAUUGAUCAACAGCCAUACCCAUCGUACACAAAUCAAAGCUAUCAAAUCCAACAAAUUUCACCGACAAAACAAGAAAAUGCCAUUUAUUCAAAAUGCAACGUAAGAUCGGAACCAAACACCAUUCCAAAAUUGAAACUCAAGCUCACAAAACCAUUUCAAAUGUCGCCGUCAACGCCAACAUCUUCACGACACAAUUGUACGACAUGCAAAAAAUCAUUCAAAACCAAACGCGAUUUGGAUCGACACAGUCAAAUUCAUAAUGGCACGAAAUUUCAGUGUUCACACUGUCAAAAGGGAUUUGCACGACGCGAUAAAUUGGUUCGACACGAAAAGAUCCAUACAAAUCGAAAUAAAACGGCAGCUUUACCGGAAUCAGCAUUUUUGGUUGAAAAUCUAAAACGUAACUCACAUUUCACAUCAACCGAACAAAAAUCAUCACCAUCAACAUUGAUUGAAAAAUUGACAUCCAAACCGGAUGAUUUUCGGCCCAAAUUCUAUGCCGAAUACGAUCUCAGCGAAACAAAUAAUUAGACAAACGAAACAAAAACAAAAACAAUUUAAGUGAUUUUAAUUUUUAAAGUCGAGUAGAUUAAAUGAAAAACCAGUUUCAGUUCUUUUGUAACAUGAAUUAUCAAGAAAAGAAGUAAACAAUUUAAGAAUCAUUGUGAUCAAGAUUGCACCGUGUUCUUUAAACUUUUUUCGUGUGAAUUUGGAUAUAGCGAACAACAAUUGUAGCAAAAAUGAAACUCUAACCAAAAAGUGAAUUUCAAUAGACAUAGUACAACAUUAGCUCAUA